CUUCCUGUUUCUAUUUACUCUGCGUUCGGGUUGUUCUAUACAUUAGAUGCCGACAGCGUUAGCUUGAAAAUGAAGGAUAGGAAAGAUGUUUGGUUGCAUGUGUUUAGUUUCAACCAUGAGGCGCCUGAGCGCAGAUUCAGCCUCCGGUUGCUGUGGCGUCACAUUCCGUUCAGAUCCACGGAAAACGCUGAUGAUUCUCCGCCUAAAGCUGCGUUCAGCUGCUUAAAGGAACCUUUUGGCCUGAAAGCUUCGUUUACUUUGCACAGAUCAGCUGGUCGUGAAAGCAAACACACAAGUAUUUAUUGCUGUGUUAAAUAUUAACCAUUAGUUAAAGAAGGUUCAAUAGUUCAGCUGUUAAUUAAAUGUCUGCACAAAUAAAACCCGUGAGGAUACCUUCACCUGCAGGUUCAGCAAAAUGACAGUCAUCCAAUGGAGCUUGUACCAUUACGCUGCUCGUAAACUAAUAUGAAUGAAUACAUGUCAUACGUGUGUUUGUGGGUCGAGGUGAAGCGACGCUUCUCAACCACCGGUUGAUCACCGCGGUCAAAUGAGCCGUCGCUAUGUUCGAGUUCUGGCUCAGUGUGCGCCUCAUCCGUGCAGACAGACAGACAGACUUCCUGCCGUCGUCAUGGCGUCUUUGUGGGAUGACCUGGAGAGUCUUGUGAAUACACCUUCAUCUUUCUCUGCACAACCCGGCGAGAGAGGAACCAUCAGGGACAAAGCCAACUUCAACGCCAAGGAGGACGCUGCAGCUCUGAGGAAGGCCGUCAAAGGACUCGGAACCAACGAAAAAGUCCUGAUUGAGGUUCUGACCCAGAGGAGCAGUGCUCAGAGGCAGCAGAUCUGUAAGGCCUACCAGGAAGCCUACAGCAGAAUCCUAGUGGACGACCUGAAAGCGGACGUCAGCGGGAACUUUGAGAAGGUUCUGGUGGCGCUCAUCACUCCUCCCGCAGCGUACGACUGCCAUGAAGUGACCCGGGCCAUAAAGGGACUCGGCACUAAGGAAAGUGUGUUGAUUGAGAUCUUUGCGUCUCGCUCCAACCAACAAAUCAAGGCUCUCAGUGACGUCUAUGUGCAAGAAAAGGGGAAGCUUCUGAUUGACCACCUGAAGAGCGAAGUGUCUGGAGACUUUGGCAAAGCGUUGCUGCUGCUGGCUGCGGGAAAGCGGGACGAGAGCACAGCAGUGAACGCAGAGAAGGCCAAGGAGGAGGCCAAGGCUCUGUACAACGCCGGGGAGAAGAGAUGGGGCACGGACGAAGCCAAGUUCAUAGAGAUCCUCUGCCAAAGAAGCGUGGCUCAGCUCAGGCAGACUCUUGUUGAAUACCUCAACAUCAGCGGAAAAACGCUGCAGCAGAGCAUUGAGAGCGAGAUGUCUGGGAACCUGGAGAAGCUGCUGGUGGCUGUGGUGAAAUGUGUGAAAAGCGUCCCCAUCUACUUGGCAGAACGUCUGUAUAAAAGCAUGAAGGGAGUGGGAACAGACGAGAACACUGUGACCCGGAUCAUGGUGAGUCGGUCUGAGAUUGACCUGCUGGACAUCAGAACUGAGUUCAAGAAACUCUACAACAGCUCUCUGCACUCCUUCAUCCAGUCUGAUUGUCAUGGAGAUUAUGGGAAGACGCUGGUAAAGAUUUGUGGAGGAGAAGACUGAACGUCAGCUCACUGGAAUUCAGAUUUUACAGCUGAUCCUUCUCGUCUUUAGAUACAGUGGUUAUGAAAGCAAAACAUCCCUGAUAUAAAAAUAAACAAAGCUUUUCAGGCUUUUGCUAA